AAACCAUCUUUAAACCUGGUUCUGUGUGGGAGGAGAGGAGCAGGGAAGACGUCAGCAGCCAAGGCCAUUUUAGGUCAGACUGAGCUUCAUUCAGCCUCCAACUCAUCAGAGUGUGUUAAACAUCAGGGAGAGGUGUGUGGACGUUGGGUUUCCCUGGUGGAGCUGCCUGCCUUGUAUGGAAAACCUCAGGAGGCAGUGAUGGAGGAAUCACUCAGGUGUAUCUCCCUCUGUGAUCCUGAGGGUGUCCAUGCCUUCAUCCUGGUCCUACCUGUGGCUCCCCUCACUGAUGAAGACAAGGGAGAGUUAGAGACCAUCCAGAACACAUUCAGCUCUCGAGUCAAUGACUUCACCAUGAUUCUGUUCACUGUGGACUCAGAUCCUACAGAUCCAGCUGUUGUUAACUUUGUAAGACAAGACAAAGACAUUCAGAAGCUCUGUCAGACUUACAGAGGACGAUAUGUUGUUCUUAACAUCAAAGAAAAGCAAACCAUCAUGAACCUUCUGCAUGAAGUGGAAAAUAUGAAAGCUGAAGGAUCCAAAUGCUUCACAAAGGACAUGUUCACCAAAGCUCAAAUGGAGAAGGUAACAAGACUUAAAGCUGAACUGCAGGAAGUUAAACGCAGCAGUGUGGCUUCAUCUGAUGAUGCACAUCAAGCUGAACAGUCCAUCAGGAUGGUGCUGCUUGGAAAAACUGGCAAUGGAAAAAGUGCAACUGCAAACACCAUUUUGGGCAAAAAGGUGUUUUUAUCCAGAGUCAGUCAGAUUUCUGUGACCAGAGAAUGUCAGAAAGCAGCAGGAGAGAUUGAUGGACGUCCUGUUGUUGUGGUCGACACCCCCGGCUUGUUUGACACAAAACUGUCCAGUUAUGAAGUUCGACAGGAGCUUCUGAACUGUAUCAGCAUGUUGUCUCCUGGACCUCACGUGUUCUUACUGGUGCUGCAGAUCGGUCGAUUUACAGAGGAGGAGAAAGAAACUGUGAAAAUAAUCAAAGAGAUUUUUGGAAAGAAGUCAGGAAACUUCAUCAUUGUUACCUUCACCAGAGGAGAUGAGCUUGAAGACACAUCCAUUGAAAGUUACAUAGAAGAAGACUGUUCUGAUUUUGUAAAAACUCUGAUUAAAGACUGUGGAGGCAGAUACCACAUCUUCAACAACAAAGAUCCAAAAAACCGUAGACAAGUGUCAGACCUGCUGAUGAAAAUUGAAGCCAUGUUGAAAGACAAUGGUGGUGGAUACUACACCACUGAGAUGUUCCAAGAGGCUGAGGCAGCGAUACAGAAGAAAGUGGAGAGGAUACUGAAAGAGAAGGAUGAAGACAUGAUGAGAGAGAGGGAGGAGCUUAAAAGGAAACAUGAAGAAGAAAUGCAAAAAAUAAAAAGAGAAAUGGAGGAACAGAUCUCUAAAUUUGAGUCUGAGAAAGAGCAGAGUAUGAAACAACUCAAAGAGAUGGAGGAACGCAUUAACCAGGAGCGAGAAGAGAGAGAGAGAGAACAGAAAAUCAGAGAAGAUGAAAACAGAAAGAGGAAAGAACAGGAAGAAACUCAACGAGAACAAUGGAAACAAAAACUGGAAACUUUGGAGAAGCAAAUAGAAUCUGAAUCAAAAGAAGAGCUCAUCAAAGAGCUGGAGCAAAACAGAGAAGAAAUGAGACGAGAGAGAGAGGCCUGGGAGAUGGAAAGGAAAGACUGGUGGGACAAUAGGGAUCAAGAAAGUAAACAGAGACGAGAAGCAGAAGAAGUGAAAAUUAAAAAGCUGACAGAAAAAUAUGAAAAGGAAAAAGAAGAUUAUCACAGAAGAAUAAAAGAUUACAGUGUCAGAAUAGAACAGGAGGAAAGAAAAAGAAAAGAAUUAGAGAAAGACCACAAGGAAGAAAUGAAACAAAUGAAGCAGAAACAUAAAGACGAGGCCAGAAAUCAAGCUGAAGACAUCAAUGACUUCAAAGAGAAAUACACCAGGGACUUUGAAUCUCUGAUAGAGAAAUACAAUGAUGAGAUAAGGAAUCUGAAGCAGGAGCAUGAGAAACAGAAACAUAAUUAUGCUGAUUUGCACAAGGUCUCCAGUGACAACGAAGAAAGACUGAAGAAAGAAUUGGAGGAAAUGCAGAAAAAGAAUGAAGAUGAAAUUAACAAAUAUAAACAAAAACAUAAAUGCAUCAUAGCCUGAUGACUUUAAACAGUGCAGCAGUAAAACAGAGAAGAACACAUGAGUUUCAUACCAGUGUUUGAAAGUGAACAUAAAAUAAAAAUGGGCGAGUGAUAGAGAGAGCACCACUUUUGUUGUUUUACUUAACAAAGCAGCAAAAUGCAAAAUUGCUGCAAUGAAGAAGAAGACUGCUGAAACCUGUCAUUUUUAGACUCUGGAAAGGCAGCAGUGUCAGCAAGACACCAACAUCUGUGUUUAUUAUUAGAGCCAUAUUUUUACACUGUGAGUGUUUUUACUAUUGUGCCCAGCAGGUGGUGCUCUCAUAAAAGGACAUUAAUUUUCUAUCUUCUCUGUUUGAAAGUAAAAGUAAUUCAAAGUAAUUCACCAAAUUAUUGUCUGUUUAUGAUUUCCACUGCAAACCUGGAAAUACUGAACAGUCUACAGAUGAUGUAUCUGAAAUAUUAAUUGUAUGAUUUGUAUUAUAUGAGCCACAAACAUUUUAUGGCAGGGUUAAAAACAUAAUUGUAAUAACUUCUGAAGUGUUCUUUGCAAGUCGUAUUCAUUUAAAUGGGAAGAAAAAUAGUUGUGAAAAAUGUAUUUUAAAUUUACUUUGUAAAGAAUAAGAUAACAAACUUAGAUAUAAAACUGGUGAAUGUCAAAAUACAUGCACGGAAUAAUUACUGAUAUUGAGGGUUAAAAAAUUAUAUGAUGUUAUUACAUUAUUUUCUAUGUAUGUCCUGGUCUGUUUAAAAUAAAACAAUGCAUUUGAGUGAUCUGUGUUUCUAUAUAGUUUGAUGCAAUUAUUUCAGUACGUAGGAAAUGUUUUUAUUGACUUUUAUUGACUAUGAACAGUUUUUACUCUGACUUUAUUGUUGGACACUAUACGCCUGCAGGCCAUAGUUUCCAUAUGGAAAAUCAGAGUGAAUGAAAAAAGUUUGUUGGUCAUUAUGUAAUAAGAAUGUUUUAUAAAAAUAAAAUG